AUGGAGUCUUUUGGUAGGAAAGAAGUUGAUUGUAUUGCUGGAAAGGAUUGGGAGUUUGUUUUUGAGCCUGCUAUUGGUAAUGCAGAUGGCAUACUUAUUUUGUGGAAAGUUGUUGUUCUCUCCUUCCAUUUGUUAUUUAAAACUCAUCAAUGUAUUAUGGGGAAGGUGAGUGGUACCAAUGAUUUGUUGUUGGAGGUUGCAGUUGUCUAUGCUAAUAAAGACAGAUAUGUGAGGAGGCAUGCUUGGGAAGAUAUUUCAAAGGCACAUAAUUUGGAUGCUCCCUUGCUAGUUGGGGGGGAUUUCAAUUGCAUCAUGUCACAAGAAGAAAAAAAGGGAGGAAAAGCUUUUCAUUUCUCUGGAGCAGCAGGGGAUAUGGCUGAUUUUAUGGCAGCAAAUGACUUGGUGGAUCCAGGCUUUUCUGGUCCUGCUUUUACCUGGACUAAUAACAAGGAUGCGAGGAGCAUAAUUUUCUCUAGAUUGGACCAUUUUUUUGUUAGCUCUCCAAUCUUAGAUUCUUUCCAAGGAUUGAAGGUAAGACACCUCAGCAGAAUUGCUUCUGAUCAUUGUCCUAUCUUGUGCUCUUUUCAAAGUGAAGUGAGGCAGAAGAAUUCCCAUUGGAUUAAGUUUGAAGAUAUUUGGACAUCUUAUCCUAAGGCUUGGCAAUUAGUUUGGGAUAAAUGGAGAGUGGAUGAUGUAGGCAAUGAAGCUCUUAAGCUCAAGAAGAAAUGCCAAAGAACUCUUAAGGCUCUCUUCUUCUGGAAUAGGGAUAAAAUUAAGAUGCUAAAUCAAUUGAAGGAGGAUCUGGACAGGGAGAUUAAAUUGUUACAGGAUUUGGAAUGA